CGCAUUCACUUCGCAAUUAAGUUACAUUUCAUUUGAUUUUCUUUCUGUUUUUCGCCCCAUUUUGAAACCAACGUAAGGCUGUGAGAGCUGUGCGGAUAGCUCAGACUACCUCUAACUACGCUUGCGAAAUCUAGGGUUUCAUUCUGGUAGUUUCUCGUAUUAUUCAGUUUACACCUCAUUUUGUUCUUGUUGGCAUUUGGAUAGCUUUCUGUGAAACUGAAGUAGAAGCACACAGUAGAAGAUGGCAGAUGGUGAAGAUAUUCAGCCUCUUGUCUGUGACAAUGGAACCGGAAUGGUCAAGGCUGGGUUUGCAGGAGAUGAUGCUCCAAGGGCUGUGUUUCCUAGCAUUGUUGGUCGCCCUCGUCAUACUGGUGUGAUGGUUGGCAUGGGGCAGAAAGAUGCAUAUGUUGGGGAUGAGGCUCAGUCCAAGCGAGGUAUUUUGACUCUGAAGUAUCCAAUUGAGCAUGGCAUUGUUAACAAUUGGGAUGAUAUGGAGAAAAUUUGGCAUCACACCUUCUACAAUGAACUUCGUGUUGCUCCAGAAGAACAUCCUGUUCUGCUCACUGAAGCACCUCUCAAUCCAAAGGCCAAUCGUGAAAAGAUGACCCAGAUCAUGUUUGAAACUUUUAAUGCUCCUGCUAUGUAUGUUGCUAUCCAAGCUGUUCUUUCACUUUAUGCCAGUGGUCGUACAACAGGUAUUGUGCUUGAUUCUGGGGAUGGUGUCAGCCAUACAGUCCCCAUCUAUGAGGGUUACGCUCUUCCUCAUGCCAUAUUGCGUCUUGACCUUGCUGGUCGUGAUCUCACUGAUGCCCUGAUGAAAAUCUUGACUGAACGUGGCUACUCAUUCACCACCACAGCUGAGCGGGAAAUUGUGAGGGACAUGAAGGAGAAGUUGGCAUACAUAGCUCUUGAUUAUGAACAGGAAUUGGAAACUGCUAAGACCAGCUCUUCUGUGGAGAAGAGCUAUGAAUUACCUGACGGUCAGGUAAUCACUAUUGGGGAUGAGCGUUUCCGAUGCCCAGAAGUCCUUUUCCAACCAUCCAUGAUUGGAAUGGAAGCUGCUGGCAUACAUGAGACAACUUACAACUCCAUAAUGAAAUGUGAUGUUGAUAUUAGGAAGGAUUUGUAUGGAAAUAUUGUACUUAGUGGUGGAACCACAAUGUUCCCAGGUAUUGCUGAUAGAAUGAGCAAAGAAAUCACUGCAUUAGCUCCUAGCAGUAUGAAGAUUAAAGUGGUGGCUCCUCCCGAGAGGAAAUAUAGUGUCUGGAUUGGAGGAUCUAUUUUGGCAUCCCUCAGCACUUUCCAGCAGAUGUGGAUUGCCAAGGCUGAGUAUGAUGAGUCUGGCCCUUCAAUAGUCCACAGGAAAUGCUUCUAAUCUGAGCAACUCCGGUGGACUGUGUUGUGCUAUUUUGAAAAGAAAAUGCCGCUUGCAUUUUUAUUCAUUUUGUUAUCUUCCUGGUUGGUUUUCUAUUUAAUUUCUGGACAAUCACCUUCAAAGAAAAGAAGUAAAAAACAGUGAUUGUUGCAUUAUAUUCUUUUUUUUUUUUUUCCCUCUGUAAUCAAGAACUUGUUGCCGAUCAAACCCUUAUGUAGGGUUAACUUUGAA